CCUAUGGUAGAUUUAAACUGGUAAAAGUAUGGUGUACAUAGUGAAAUGAAACAUGCACAGUUCACUGGGUGUACAUUUGAUUUGAUCGUUUCUGGGUGAUGUCAUUGGUCCUUGUAGGAAAUUAUUUUAAACGUGUUUUUAUACUAUCCCGCUACAGACCAGGAAGAUAUCAACAAAGGACGGAUUUUAGACAAAAUAGACAAUACAACAUGGGCAGUGAUACCGAAAAUCAUCUAGUAUGGGUUGACCUUGAGAUGACAGGGCUGGAUGAUCAGAAAGACAAAAUCCUGGAAAUUGCCUGUUUAAUUACUGACACUAACCUAAAUGUCAUUGCUGAGGGGCCUGAUAUUAUUAUUCAUCAACCUAAGUCUGUGUUGGAGUCCAUGGGUGACUGGUGCAGAAAACACCAUGGCGAGUCAGGAUUGACAAAGGCUGUUCUGGAGUCAAAGACUAGUGUGGAAGAUGCAGAAGAUAUGGUGUUAAAUUUUGUGAAAGAGCAUACAACACCAAAGAGAUGUCUUCUUGCUGGAAAUUCUGUCCAUGUAGACAAAAUGUUUUUGACAAGAUAUAUGCCAAAAUUUGUGGAUCAUCUUCAUUACAGGAUUAUUGAUGUUAGCACUGUGAAAGAACUAUGCAAACACUGGUAUCCCGAAGCAUUCUUGCAGGCUCCAAGGAAAGCAGGAAGUCACAGAGCUCUUGAUGAUAUCAAGGAAAGUCUUGCAGAACUAAAAUUCUAUAGGUCAGCAGUAUUCAAAUGAAUAUACAUGGUGCAUGAAAGCUGAUGUGAUCAGAUCUUGGUCCUACGAGUAUAUAUUGGAAAAAUGAAGACGAAAAUUUCCUCAGAGCAAGCUGAACUUUUCGUGCUGUAUACAUUUCUUCUGGUUCUUAAGAAAACGUUAGAAUUUCCAUAUAUUGCCAAAUGGUAAAUACUGGAAUUAUUCUCUUACUAAAAAGUAUUCCCUGCCUAUGGAGAAAAAGUUCAAUAAGAAAAACACAAUCCUUAAAGUGGAGGUCAACUCCUUUUUGCACAGCGCUUCCACUUAAGCAUUGAAAAAUAUCCAUAGCUGAAUAGAUUUUAGGUUAAAAUCACGCAACCUUAUAUAAGGACUGGUUAUAGAACAAAUUUACCACACAAGUGAACAUGCAAAUACUUUUGUGUUUACG